UCCCAAUCUAUUGGAAAAAUCACAAAAGUAGUAAUGACGAGAAACGGAUUCAAACAGCACCUAUUCCUGCUGCUCGCGGUUUUGCUCCACCGUGGAUCCACGCAGAAUAUCAGCUUGAGGAUAAAUACGAAUGUAAAGGAGAUUGAGGCAACGGCCAUUGCCCUGCCCUCUAUCCAGGGGCCCGGGAAUAUUUGCAUACGCGAGGAGCCGUACGUGGAGCAUAUCCAGGUGCCGGAGAUGCAGCCGGUGCGCGUGCGCACCUCCAGCUGGUGCAUGGAGAUUCCUCCACGCUGCUCCACGUACAAGACGGAAAUGCGCGAAGUGAUGAAGGUUCAGAAAUUGAACAAGACGCGAACGGUACGAUUCUGCUGCCAGGGCUACGAGGGAAACCUGUCCGACAGCCAGGCAACAUGCAAGCCCAUCUGCAGAGGCGGCUGUGGGCGUGGUAGCUGCGUAAUGCCCGAAAUCUGCAGCUGCGAGGAGGGCUACAUCGGAAAGCACUGCACGCAGCGCUGCGAUCACGAUCGCUGGGGCCUCGACUGCAAGAACCUCUGCCAGUGCCAGAAUGGGGCCGCCUGCGACAACAAGUCGGGCAUCUGCCACUGCAUCGCCGGUUGGACAGGUCAAUUCUGCGAACAGACGUGUCCACCAGGAACCCAUGGCAUCAUGUGCCGGAAGGCCUGUGACUGCGAUGAGAAGCCCUGCCACCAUCAGACCGGAGCCUGCAUCAUGCAGGACCAUCCGCUGGAGCUAAAUGUGAGCCACGUCAUCGUGGAGACAGUGAACUCAACGUUAGAGAAAAUGGGCAUUUUACCGCGCCCAGCGACAGCCACAGCCACAGCCACGCCCAGUGCCCUGCCUGAAGUCAUACUGAUCAAGCAGUCUCCCUCUCAGAACCCUGGGCAGCACACACCGAAGAUCAUUUUGCAUCAGUCGAGUAGUGACCUUCUUGAGAAUCUCCAUACGGCUGCAGCUGCUGGCGUCCCGGCGCCCGAGGUCAUUCAUGUCAUCACCAACGGAGUAACGUCCCCACAGGAGCACUUGGCUGGCUUCAUCGCUGGCGACGGGAACAGCAGCCAGAGUGCGACAGAUCAGCAAUCGGGCCUAGUGACCACUUUGAUCGUCAUCAUGCUGCUCCUGCUCGUGGCGAUAGCAGUCGGCUCCUUGUACGUCUACCAACGCUACCACCACAAGGAGGCGAUCGUCUACAAUGCCAAUGGGACUGUGACGACCCAGCCCUCCAAUCCGGAGGUGGUGCUCACCGAAGCUUUCGCCCUGGGCAAGAACUUCCACGAGCCGCUGCCCCAGCCCCCGGUUGUCUCUGCAAAAACAGCCCAUACGAACGAUGCGCCCGCGGAAUUAUAUGACACGCCCAGCAAUAACUCGUCGAUAAAAACACCGCCCUAUGCCUACGCUAGGAAGGAAUCUCUCUACUCCAUUGUCACGCCCAAGUCGCGCAAGGGCAGUCUGGACUCGCAUCUCUAUGACGAGAUACGCUAUCACCAGCAGCAGCAUCAUCAACAUCAUCUUCAUCACCAGCAUCCGCAGACCCGUGCUCAUCCACAGCACUUUCAGCACGCAACAACUGCUGCGGCCUACUUGCCGGCCCAAACGCCCGCGAUGGACACCCACCACCACCACUCCCACCAUCGACCGCACCACAUCAGCCACUUGAUAAUACCGCCCCAGAACUCCAACUUCCUGCAGGUGCCCGCACCCAUAACAGCCAAGAGGAUAGCUCACCUGUGAGGCGCCAGUUGGAUGGAGGGGACACCAAGAUAAUAACCUUGUAGCUUGUAUAGCUUGUAGGUCUAUUCGAUCCGAAUGAUUUCAUUCCCGCUCAUUCUCUCAUCUACAAUUAUGCCUAUGAUAUAAUAUGUACGAGUCCAAUA